AUGCAGGUGGCCGCUGCAGCCACAAGCACCAUGAACAAGGCGGCUGGCGGAGAAGAGCUUGCAGAAAUAUCCAGUCUGCUCCCGGACCUUCUGCAGGAGGCCAACGCGAGCGCCAACGCGACGCUGCCGCUCCAGGAUCUGUGGGGGGAGUUAGGGCUGGAGUUGCCAGAAGGCGCGGCGCCCGGGCAUUCCCCGGGAAGCGGCGGGGCAGUGCGCGGGGACACGGAGGCUCGGGUGCGGAUCCUCGUCAGCGUGGUGUACUCGGUGGUUUGCGCGUUGGGGCUGGUGGGCAACCUGUUGGUGCUCUACCUGAUGAAGAGCAAGCAGGGCUGGCGCAAGUCCUCCAUCAACCUCUUUGUCACCAACUUGGCGCUGACGGACUUUCAGUUCGUGCUCACCCUGCCCUUCUGGGCGGUGGAGAACGCUCUGGACUUCAAAUGGCCCUUCGGCAAGGCCAUGUGUAAGAUCGUAUCCAUAGUGACAACAGUGAAUAUGUACGCCAGCGUCUUCUUCCUCACCUGCAUGAGCGUGGCGCGCUACCAUUCGGUGGUCUCUGCCCUUAAAGGCCACCGGACCCGAGGACGCGGCAGGGGCGACUGCUGCGGCCUGGGGGACAGCUGCUGCUUCUCGGCCAAGGCGCUGUGCGUGUUGAUAUGGGCUUUAGCUGUGCUGGUCUCGCUGCCCAGCGCUUUUUUCUCCACCACGGUCAAGGUGAUGGGCGAGGAGCUGUGCCUGGUGCGCUUCCCCAACAAGUUGCUGGGCCGCGACAAGCGUUUCUGGCUGGGCCUCUACAACUUGCAGAAGGUGCUCCUAGGUUUCCUGCUGCCGCUGGGCAUCAUCAGCCUGUGCUAUCUGCUGCUGGUGCGCUUCAUCUCUGACCGCUGCGUGGCAGGGACCCAAAGAGGGGCCUCAGCGACGGGGGGUGGCCUGGCAGGAGCCAGCGCUCGGAGACGGUCCAAGGUCACCAAAUCAGUGACCAUCGUGAUCCUAUCUUUCUUCCUGUGUUGGCUGCCCAACCAGGCGCUCACCACCUGGAGCAUCCUCAUCAAGUUCAACGUGGUGCCAUUCAGCCAAGAGUACUUCCUGUGCCAGGUAUACGUGUUCCCCGUGAGCGUGUGCUUGGCUCACUCCAAUAGCUGUCUCAACCCCAUCCUCUACUGCCUCGUGCGCCACGAGUUCCGCAAGGCGCUCAAGAGCUUGCUGUGGCGCAUCGCGUCCCCAUCGCUUACCAGCAUGCGCCGGCUCACCGCCACCACCAAGCCCACCGCCACCGCCAAGCCGGAGCCCAAGGAUCUGGGGCUGCAGGCCUUGGCGCCCCUUCAUCCCGCCGUGGAGCCGGACCUGCUCUACUACCCUCCUGGAGUGGUGGUCUACAGCGGGGUACACUAUGACCCGCUGCCCAGCAGCUCUACCUACUGA